AUGCGGUGUUUUCUGUUCGCGCUUGCAACCUUCUUUGCAUCAUCACGUGUGAACGCGCAAGUUGCGCCGAGAACGACGAGUUCUCGCGCACACGACGCAGAGAUAUCGAAACCAAAACAAGAUGUUCUGGACUUCAUGCCGUGCUCGGAGAGAAAAGGACUGUUUCGUCCGCACCACGAGCGGUUUUUGCCAGUCGACUCAGAAAUACUUUCACGAAGACACCAAGGCGAUGACAGACGUGACGGACAAAAUGUCGCGCACAGAAGACCGCCACACCCAGUUGGCGCGUGUUUUACCGCGCGAUUACCCGAAAAUAUUGCGAACAACUGCAUUCCCGAUGUCGCGCUUUCCUUGGACAGCAAAUUCAUCGCAGCCGACGCCUUUCGAGUUUCGGAUUACGUGGACAUUCAUUUCCAACUAGAGAGUCCGUGUGACUCGUGCGAGCUCGCUAUCGAAGUCAACUGCCUCUCCGGUGACGACGUCGCCGAAGGAAGAUUCAAAACCGUUUUCACGACGUUGUGGGUAGAAACGGUUACGGUCAAGCCCACUUUUUUCAACCACGCGGCUGCGCUCGCGAUUGUUCAAGCGGAAAAGGAAUCCAACGAAACUCUCACCGAAGAAGAAAAGUUGGAAAUCAAGAAAGACUUGAUACAAACUACCGUAACAAAGUGGCCAUGCACGGAAGAGAAAGUUGAAUGCGAUGAAAACGGUGUGCCGACGCACGAGUUACCGGAGGAGUUGAAAGACAAAAUCGAAUACGCUGAAUACGUGGCUGAAAUGAUGGAACAAAAUAAGACGCUCACGCCGUUCCAUUCCGUUCCCGAAUUCGUCCGCAACGGCAUGAGUUCGUAUUAA